ACUUCUAACACCAGGGUGAUUGGAACGGAGCUGGUGCUCACACAAAUUACAGUACCAAGUCCAUGAGAGCUAAUGGAGGCUUUGAAGUCAUCAAGAAAGCCAUUGAAAAGCUGGGACUAAGGCACAAAGAACACAUUGCUGCAUAUGGAGAAGGCAAUGAACGCCGUUUAACAGGAAAGCACGAAACAGCUGAUAUCAACACUUUCAAAUGGGGUGUUGCAAACCGCGGUGCCUCAAUCCGUGUUGGAAGAGACACAGAGAAAGAGGGCAAAGGCUAUUUUGAGGACAGGAGGCCGGCUUCGAACAUGGAUCCAUAUGUUGUCACUUCGUUGAUUGCAGAAACCACCCUUGUGUGGAAGGCAUAAGCUCUCUCAGCUACACGCCUGUGGUUGUGACAAUAUCACCAUAUCCUUCAAUGGGGUUGGAAAUGUGUUCUACCAGAUCCUUUUUAGCAGGAUCCUUCUGUGUCUUAGCUACUUACUAGAAUUAGCCUUGUCUUCAAUUUGUAUUGCGUUUUUCAUUUUCCCCUGUAUUAAAGGGUGCCAAGAUGAGGUCAUUGCUUCAUUGCCUCAUGAUUAAGCCCGUUGUCUUCAAUAAGUAUCUGAUAUGGAUAACAUGUUUCAAAGGGCUGGUUUUAAUUGGGAUUUUUGUUUUUGUAUAAUGUAAUUUUAAUAUAA